CGAACAGCUGAUAGGUCGCUCGCAGCCAACAAAGAACGACAAAAAGCGUCCCAAACUCUGGAUACUGUUAUCACCUAACUGAUCCUUCGGAACCAUGAGCAAUGAAGACAAAAGCGAAGCGGAGCUUGACGAGAUGGAUGAUUCCAAAAUCUUUCCACAGCGCUUAAUGGAAGUUCUUGGAGAUGAGAACAACGUGGAGGCAAUCUGCUGGUUGCCCCAUGGAAGGGCGUUCAUGAUUCGCAGUCGGAGCCUAUUUUCGGAGCGAGUGAUGCCCCGCUUCUUUCCUCGCAAGGCCAAGUACUCGAGUUUCACACGCAAACUCAAUCGAUGGAAUUUCGUGCGAGUCUCCAGCGGUCCCGAACUCGGAGCUUACUAUCAUGAAUUCUUCCUUCGUGAUAAGCCCCAUUUGGCGGCGCAAAUGUUUUGCAAGAACGCUCGUGCCAAGCUAGCAAUGGCGAACGAUCCGAAUCCGAACGUGACUGUACCGGCUAUCGGGAUACGCCCUCAAGAAACUCUACCGGUCGCAAGUCCACCUCAAUCGGUAGCUCUAGCCCCCUCUCAGCAGGAGAUAUCUGUAGCAAAACCACAGAUCGACGCCACCAUCCUGGCUUUGUUGCAGCAGCAACGCAGCAAAACGUCUCUCGAUGAAAAAAUCAAGAGCGCACUGUACCCGCCGUAUGCGCCGAACAACGUUCAGUUGCUAGAGCGGCAAAUGCAAAUUUUACAACAGGACCUUGCGCAAAGAUUCUUGGUUGAACAGCUCAUACGAUCGGCUUCUCAACAGCAACAAGUCACGCAACCAAUUCCUAUGCUGCAAAACCAACAGAGUUCAAAUCGAUUGUUGCAAAUGAGACAACUAAUGGAAUUACGCCUGAAUCAGCGCCAAGGACGCGUGCCUCAAGGAUCGCGGGCCUCGGCGGCGUAAAUACAUUUAUGGUUCUGCGUGUAGUUACCAAUGGCUGGACUGCGAGUAUUCUUUUGGAGAUUCUUGUAGCUUUAACAUUAUUACAAGUGUCACAACCCACACAUGCGUCAUUUUGCGCUAAAAGUGCUGAAGACUGACGUUUACUACUCUGUAGUCGUCACAUCCCAGGCGCUCGUUGACAGUUACACAAAUUGUCCAAUGGAGAACGAUGCCUUCUCUGAUCAUGCUAGUUAAAAAGCCGAUCCCUGUUGUCGCGCGAUACUCAAGACAACGCUCCUCUUUUUGCGGUGAAGAUGUUCGUCGUAGCCGUUUUCGGUGUUCAUUACGAUAGUGGUCAUUAUCAAAAAGCGACCCACAGCAUAGGAUGUGCAAUACCAUAGGGUCGUCAACCAAUAAUGGAGAGGAUAAUUGGGAU